AUGACUUCGGCUGCUGUGCAAAUUCUAUCAAUGCAAUCCCACGAAAGUGGUAUUAAACCAUAUUUUGAGCAAAAAAUUCAAGAAACAGAGUUAAAAAUCCGUGCUAAAACAGAUAAUCUGAAAAGAUUGGAAGCACAAAGAAAUUCAUUAAAUGAGAGAGUUCGUUUCAUUAAAGAUGAGUUACGUUUAUUACAAGAACCAGGUUCCUAUGUUGGUGAAGUUCUUAAAGUUGUGUCCGAUAAGAAAGUGCUAGUUAAAGUUCAACCUGAAGGUAAAUAUAUCGUUGAUGUGGCCAAGGAUAUCAACGUUAAAGAUUUGAAAGUUUCACAAAGAGUAUGUUUGAAGAGUGACUCCUAUAUGUUACAUAAGAUAUUGGAAAACAAGGCAGAUCCAUUAGUCUCGUUGAUGAUGGUGGAAAAAGUUCCAGAUUCCACAUAUGACAUGGUUGGUGGUUUGACAAAACAAAUUAAAGAAAUUAAAGAAGUCAUUGAAUUGCCUGUGAAGCAUCCUGAACUUUUUGAAAGUUUGGGUAUUGCACAGCCAAAGGGUGUUAUUCUUUAUGGACCACCGGGUACUGGUAAGACGUUACUUGCCAGAGCUGUUGCACAUCAUACUGACUGUAAAUUUAUCAGGGUGAGUGGUGCAGAAUUAGUUCAAAAAUAUAUUGGUGAAGGUUCCAGAAUGGUUCGUGAAUUAUUCGUAAUGGCCAGAGAACACGCACCAUCCAUCAUUUUCAUGGACGAAAUUGAUUCCAUUGGUUCCAGCCGUGUAGAAAGCGGUUCUGGGGGUGGUGAUUCCGAAGUCCAAAGAACCAUGUUGGAAUUAUUGAAUCAAUUAGACGGGUUCGAAACGUCAAAGGAUAUCAAAAUUAUCAUGGCCACAAAUAGAUUAGAUAUUCUAGACCCUGCAUUGUUGAGACCCGGUAGAAUAGAUAGAAAGAUUGAAUUUCCACCACCAACAGUUGCGGCAAGAACAGAAAUUUUAAGAAUCCAUUCCAGAAAGAUGAACUUGACGCGUGGUAUUAAUCUAAGAAAGAUAGCAGACAAGAUGAAUGGCUGUUCAGGUGCCGAUGUGAAAGGUGUCUGCACAGAAGCCGGUAUGUAUGCAUUGAGAGAAAGAAGAAUACAUGUGACACAAGAGGAUUUCGAACUCGCUGUCGGUAAAGUCAUGAACAAGAACCAAGAAACUGCCAUCUCCGUCGCAAAACUGUUCAAGUAG